AUGAUAUGGCAAAGCUUGAGAUACAGAACAGAGAAACCAUCUGAGAAGUAUACAGAGCAGGAGAUUAAGGGGGAAGCCUGGAAAAAUGGACUGACAAGAAUGUGUCCGGAAACAAGCCCUCAUCACUCGAUGCGGUACAACGUGGCAUUCCUACCUUCAGUCACAGGGCUAAGCAGCACCAUUGAAGAGUACCAUCGCCACUGUGAUGAGAGCUUUAAUGCUGAUGAAGCUCACAAUAUUGUUAAAAGGUGUGUAGAUGAGUUCUCAGAUGGUGAAGAUUAUAAUCAAAAUAAUAUCAACCAGUGGACUGCAAGAAUAGUAGAACAUUCCUUGACCCAUUUUGUUAAGUUGGGAAAAGUUUAUAAAAAUAUUGUGACCUUUGCAGUGGUGCAGAGGAGUGCAUGUGGCUUGCACACUGCCAGCUCAUGUUUUUGGGAUGCCAUAUCUGAUGGAAACUGUAUUGUAAGAUGGGAGAACCAAGCCACGAACUGCAUCGUCAAUGUUUUUGCCAUUGCAGUUGUCUUGUAA